GAUAAUCUGUCGACUGUGCUAGGGUUUGGCAGAUGCGUCCCAACAAGUCCAGGCGUUUUCGCAUGCCGUACAACGUCACUUUAAAUAGUCUGAUCCCUGCCACGCCCACUGUCCCGACUCCUACCCUUACCUCAGUGCUCCUACUCCCAUUCCGUUUGUCCAAAAAAGAAACCGGGCUAACCGACGCCGAUUCCCGGCAAACAUCUGCCAUAUUGCUCCGAGCAUGUAAAAUAACUGUUCCGGGCCCUCAUCCCAACAAAAAGUAGAAGUAUUUCAUAAGAGAGAAAGUUCUACAAACCAAGGGGAAGCAUCACAUUUUCCGCGAAAAUGCAGACAAUUGGCGAUCGAGUGGCCGGAUAAUAAUCUUCAAUGCAGACUCCAACCGAUUUUCAUAAUCAAUUUGGAUUAUCGUUGAUGGCGUCGUCGGCAUAGAGCUCAAUUGCUUAUUCUAUAGGAGACAUACAGCAAUAUACCAGUUUCCGCCUUUUCACACUGCGGCGAAUAGGCCUACCUGCGUGAAAGAUAAAACGGAGAAUGCUGACCUGGCUUAGAGUGCUUAGUGACUGGAUCUGGCAGGACCGGUUGUGGUUCCCAGCGGGCCUGGGUUGGGCCAACCUCAAGGACCGGGAUGGCCAAGUCUUCGCUAAAGGAAGGGAUCUCUGGGUCAUCUUCCCCAUCGCAGUAUGCUUCCUGAUUAUAAGACAGAUAUUUGAGAGGACCGUGGCCGUUCAACUUGCCUCUUUACUUAGAGUGAGGGAGAAACCGCGUGUCAGAGCUGCUCCCAACACCACACUGGAAUCCUAUUUCUGCAAUGCAUCAAAGUUCCCCUCACAGAGUUCAGUGGAGGAGUUAACUAAACUGUCGGCCUGCUCGGUGCGGCAGGUCCAGAGGUGGUUCCGACGGCGGAGGAACCAGGAACGGCCGAGCCAGAUCAAGAAGUUCCGGGAAGCCUGUUGGAGAUUUACCUUUUACGUUCUUGCUUUCAUUGCUGGCCUGGGUGCCCUAAUUGAUAAACCAUGGUUCUAUGACAUGGAGGAGAUGUGGAAUGGCUUCCCCACACUGCCACUGCUGCCUUCUCAGUACUGGUACUACAUGAUUGAGUUGGGAUUCUACAUCUCGCUACUAUUCAGUGUGGCAACGGAUAUCAAGCGCAAAGAUUUUAAGGAGCAGAUUGUUCACCACGUGGCCACUAUUCUGUUGAUCAGUUUUUCAUGGUUGGUCAACUACAUCCGUGCCGGGACUUUGAUCAUGCUGGUGCACGAUGCCUCAGACUACCUACUGGAGUCAGCAAAGAUGUUCAACUAUGCAGGAUGGAGAAAGACCUGCAACUACAUCUUCAUCCUGUUUGCAGCUGUGUUCAUCCUUACCCGCCUUGUCAUACUCCCCUUCUGGAUCAUACAUACUACGUGGGUGUACCCAUUGACCCUCUAUCCCCCUUUCUUUGGGUUCUACUUCUUCAACGGGCUGUUGUUUGUGCUGCAGUGUCUGCACAUCUUCUGGGCUGGCCUCAUCCUGCGCAUGGCCAUCAAGUUCCUACCUGGAAAUGAUAUCGUUGAGGAUGAGAGGAGCGACAGGGAAGAGACUGAGUCAGACGAGGAGGAUGAUGACCAUGAGAAAAGGGAGAAAACAAAAAAUGGCUUUGUGCAGAAUGGCAAUGGCCACACAGUGCUUAACAACAACCACCACCACCACAGCAAAAUGGAGUGAUUUGUUACAGAGACCAAGGAGGAUGUGUCAGGAAUGGGGAAGAACAACUCCCAUGUGGCCCAGGCCAAGAGGCCAAAGUAUGGCAGAAUGGAUGGUGGAAAAGCCACACACAAACACACGCACACACCACUGAAUGAUAUAGACACAAAUAAUGCUAAAGAUCACACUCCUUACAAGGCCCAGAUGGGUUUCACUGCUCUGUAGAUCACACUAGUUGAAGGAGGGAGGGGAGAGUUCAGGAAAGACUGCAAUGGACCCAAACACACAGUAAAACUGUGUGCAUGGUCUGAGCUGUCCAGUGCCUUAGCAACAAACUUUUAUUCCCUAUCAUUUCUAUCCAUCCCCCUCGAUUUCCAACUGUUCUGAGUCCUUACAUUGCAAAUCAUUCACUAAGGCAGGGUUUCCCCAAACUGGGUCCUGGGUCCCCGCUCUGAGUAUUGCUAGACUUAAACUUGACUGUUCAAAUGCUGCCUUCUCAGUACACUGACACCCUUCCCAAAUAAUGACACACUGAGGUAAAUGACAUGCAAUGUGCCAACACUUAAAACUGCCAAGAGAGAUGAGGUGCUCUUAAUGACCACAGCAUGGUACAGGUCAGUAGAAGUGUUCAAAUCACCAUGUCAGACCACUAAAGCAUACUUUAGCGAUAAUGGAAAAUUAGUCAUUGGUUUUUGCCCCUGCCAUUUUGUUAUUGGAUCAGGCACUACUAUUGUUGCCAUGGCAUUCUUAUUCAACCUGGAAUGUGCCAUUGUUGUUAAUGUUCUUGGUUUAAGAUUUUGUUGAAAAAAAAUGUGGCGGUUAAUAAUUAAGUUGUUUUAAUGGUUUAAAAGCUGACGAGUUGGGUUUGCAUUGUGUGGAUAUUUGUCUUAGUUUAUGCCGGUCUCCAAAUGCAAUGGCUCUUGGGGAGCAGAAAGCACACAGCUUGAAAUAAUACUUUUUAAAUGUUCAUGUUUUGAAAAUAACUUUUUAGUUGUCAGAUUUGAUUUUGUUUUAUUUGUUUUAUUUAAGUCCAGUCAUUUAUCCAGACACAUGGUCCAACUUACCCAAACCAGUCCAACACUUAAUUCAACCAGACUGGAGGAGAAUAUAUUCAUUAACAUCUGUUUUUUUUCUGCCCAUUCAUCCAAAGAGGCACUUUAUGGGUUUCAGUUAUGGAUCAGCAUAGACCCAAUACAACAUAAAGCAAAAUGACCGUCCAGGCCAUACAGUGAGUUGGAUUAUGAUUGGGGUUUACAAUUACACUACAGUUAUCAUUUCCUAUUUAUUUCAUUUUCAUGGAGUCCUUUUCCAUUUCUUUGUAAAGCGUUUGGUUCAAUUCAUUAAGUUUUUUAAAUAAAAUGAACACCAAAGUAUGUUUUAGUUUUGCCUGUGCCUUAUGUUACGUGUAAAAGAAUAUAUAUAUAUAUAUAUAUAUAUAUAUAUAUAAAAUCUCUCACCAUGUCUCUUUUUAAUUUCCUGUCUACCAUCUUGCUCUCUUUCUUUAUUCAACUCUCCAAUAUGGAUUAUUUCUGUCCCAAAUGACACCCUAUUACUACCUACAUAGUGCACUACAUUUGACUAGACCCUAUUGGUGUGCCAUUUGGGAUGCAUAUGAUCUCCCUGCAGUGCUGUAACAGGUCCUUUGUUCCCCUUCACUUCAUGUCUUAUCGCAAAGACCUAUCCCUAUGACCCCUCCCUUUUCCCCCAAAAUAAAAAAGCUUCUCCCCAACUAGUUUCUUAUUUUGUCAUGUUGCAAAGAUAUGAUAAAGGUUAUUGUGAAUUUAA